GGUAAACACUGGUGCUGUGUUUCUGCUGUUAAUCAUUCACUGAGCCAGCAGAGAGUCUGCUCAUCCAUUUCUAUUCCCUGUAUCUGAUCAGCCAAUAACAUGGCUGGAAUUACGGGACUUUUGGUGGAGCAAUUACUAGACAGCUUCAAGGUUUUCUGGUAAACUCUUAUCUGGGGAGGAACGAGGACUAUUAGAGAUCAAGGCAGUUUUCUUCCAUGAGAAACUACCCAAGGCACCAUGAUAGAAUCUUCUACUUCUUCCUCAGCUACUUGCAGUUCUUUCAGCAGAAAAAUGAAGUCUCAGGUCACGUACUCUUCGGGAGCUCCAAAUGGGACUCUUGAUAGAAAGAGGAAAAUGACAACCUGGCUCUUCUCUAGGCUGUGGAGAGUUUCUGAUCCAACUCUGUUUCAAGUGACCUUGGUGGCUGCUCUAUUGGCUACUGUUCUUGGCGAUUGUGGUAUUCCACCCAAUUUACCCUUUGCUUCUCCAACACAAGAGUUGAAUAAGACAAGCUAUGAAGUUGGAACUAUUUUGAAAUAUACCUGCCGCCCUGGCUACAGUAAGACAGGUUCAAGAAAUCAGAUACUUAUGUGUCAGAAAGGAGGCACAUGGUACUACAGUAACUUCUGUGUCAAGAAACAUUGCAGCAACCCAGGAGAAUUACAUAAUGGGCAAGUGAUCAUUAAGACAGAUUACUCUUUUGGAUCACAUAUAGAAUUCAACUGUUUAGAAGGAUAUGUCUUAGUUGGUCCAACCACUAGUUAUUGUGAGAUCCAAGAUAGAACAGUUGGCUGGAGUGAUUCUUUCCCAAAAUGUGUAAUUGCCCACUGUGAGACCCCUCCAGACAUCAGCAAUGGAAGGCACAAUGCUGGAAAUGAAGAUGUCUACACGUAUGGCUUUUCUGUCACCUAUAGCUGUGACCCUGGCUUUUCACUGUUAGGUAAACCUUCCAUUUCCUGCACAGUGGAGAACAAAACAAAAGGUGUCUGGAGCCCCAGCCCUCCUACUUGUAAAAAGGUCACCUGUCCUCAGCCAAAUAUUAACUAUGGAAGGAUAGCCACUGGAUUCAGACCCACCUAUAUUUACAGAGACACUGUUUCAUUUGAGUGCAAUAAAGGUUUUACCCUCAAAGGCAGCAGUGUAGUCCAUUGUGACGCUGAUGACAACUGGAAUCCCCCUCUUCCCAUCUGUGAGAUAAAUAGUUGUCGUGGUUUACCAGUUAUCCCACAUGCUUCCUGGGAAAGAUAUGGCUAUCAAAUCCCAACAAAAGACAAACUAUAUGAAGCUGGGACCUCGUUGAAGUACCGUUGUCAUUCGGGCUAUAAACCUGCUGGAGAUAAGCCUACGACUGUGAGUUGUCAGAAAAAUUUGCAGUGGAGCCCAUACGCAGAAUGUGAGGAGUUAUGUUGCCCAAUACCAGAGCUGAAGAAUGGCAAAAUCACUGAAAAUAGAACACGUGGUUUGCCCAGUAACUGUGUCUAUUUCUUUGGAGACGUAAUUAAAUAUUCAUGUUAUGGGAGACGUCACUCUGAAGCUUCCUGCCAAGGAGAUGGGACCUGGAGUCCUGAAACACCAACAUGUGGAGAGAGUUGCAGUUAUCCUCCUUACAUUGCUCACGGACGUCACCAACAAACUUCAACCUUUUUCGUAAAUGAGAUUAAAUAUGAAUGUGACGAAGGAUAUGCUCUGGUUGGAAAGCCCACACUGUCCUGCAGUUAUUCACGCUGGUCAGGUCCAGCCCCUCAAUGUAAAGCUCUGUGUCCGAAACCAGAGGUUGAACAUGGAAAGCUGUCUGGGGAUCAGAAUCAGUUUGUUGAAUCUGAAAAUGUCACCAUCCAGUGUGACUCUGGCUAUAGUGUGGUUGGUCCUGAAAGUAUCAUCUGCUUAGAGAACGGGACCUGGUACCCAGAGGUGCCCAAGUGUGAGUGGGAGCUCCCUGAAGGCUGUGAGCAAGUUCUACCAGGCAGAAAACUCAUGCAGUGUCUCCCAAGAGUGGAGGAUGUGAAGAUGGCUCUGGAGUUACAUAAAUUGACUUUGGAAAUUGAACUCCUCAAACUACAGCUAGACAAGGCGAGGAAAUCCUCUCCGGAGUCACCGCUGUGUUUUUUCCCAGGAGAAAAAGGUACCUUGGUACCUUCCAUUCAUUAGGGAUCCCUUUAGUUUAGCAACUCUCCCAUCUUUUUGGCACCAAAAUUCAUUGUAAUAAAUAUCUAGAAAGGAUAAUUUGCUAUUUUUUUUUUUUUGUUAGUGCUUUGAGAUUAUAGAAUUAUUGAUCAUUUUAUGCCUCACUUUUUUGCUUUUUUGGAUACAAA